AUGAAUCACUGCUUAAAAGAGGCAAAUGAAUCGUAAUCGACAUAUUAAUAGACAGUUAAUUCUUUAAAGAAAUCGUUAAAACAUUCGAAUUUCAUUAGCAAAACAAAAUUAACCGUUAAUGAAAUAAAAAAUAUAAUAAAAUAGUAUGAUUUAAAACGAAGUCAAAGAAUGAUUAGAUAAGCAACCUAACAAGAUUAGAAUACUGAUUUUUAAAAACAAAUAACUUAAUAAGGAUAAGUUAUUAAUUAAUUGCAGCAAUAACUUAGGAAGUAAUCUCUUGAGAUAGAAAAUUUACAAAAAGCCUUUUUCUUAUGGGAAAACAAAAAAUAGAAUGGAGUUCAUAAGAAAUCUAAAUCCUCAACUGAAGAUGUAUUAGAUGAAUAAAUCAAUGCUAUCAACAAAAAAUAUAUAAAUUUACAAUCAUAUGAUUAGAAUUUAGAAAAUCAGAUUAAAGAAAUAAUAUCAUAGGAGUUCGAAAAAUUAUAUAAACUAAUAUCUUAGUAACUUAAAAGUGAAAUAAAUGAUAUCAUAUAUUAAAGUAUUUAAGAGUAAAUCUUUGUAAGCAACAAUAAUUCACCAAAACCAGAAACUUUUAGAAAAUAUUCAUAAACAAAACAGUAAUCAGAAGAUUCUUAAUCAAAUAUUAAUGUAAUUAUUGAAUGUCUAAAUGAGUAAUUUGGUGAAUGUGAGAAUAAUAAUUACAAUUUUGAUUAAAUUAAAACGAAGCUUAAAUGUUUGAAAUUGAAAUAAAUCAAUUUAUUAUAUGAAGAUUUAAAUAAUGAAUUCACUUAAAAUUCAUUAAAAGAUUAUUUUAUUGGACCUGCUGAACCACUAAAAUAAUAACAAUAUUCUCUCAAGUAAACUAAACUUUUAGAAUAUAUCAAUGGAGAGCACAGAGCAAGGGAAGAUAGCAAUAACUUCUAUGCAGUUUUUGGAUUUUAGUAUUUGGAUAUUAUACUUACUAAUGCUGAUGAUAAAAAUUUUGAAACAUUUAUGGAAAACAUUAAGGGAAUUCCAUUUGAUUUAUUGAAUAAUUAACAAGAGUUUACUAAAGAGGAACAAUAAGAAUUAAAAGAGAUAUUUUGUUAUAGAUGUAUUGAAUUAAGACAAAUUGAGAUAUCAUAAAGAUCGAAUGAACUCUGGUGUUAAAUUAGUAACAUACAUAAUUGUUUUUACGGGUUAACUAUGAUAUUCAUUCGAAAUUUCAUUUAAUAAAUAGUACGAUAAUCAGAAUUAAGUCAACAUUUAAAUGAAAAGGAUUCUGUAUAAUUUUUAACUAGAAUUUUGGAAUGGAGCAGUCCAUGUCCUGAAGUAGAGUUUAUAAUUGAGAUAAUUUCGCAUGAAUUAGAAUUAUGUAUAAUAUUAUUUUAUUUAAAAGAAGAGAAAUAGGAAUUCUCUUUAAGAAUAUUUGGAGAUGAAUAAAAUUAUCAACUCAAUGUUAUAUAACGUAAUAAUGAUUUUUAUUCUAUUGGAAUUAAGAAUUGA